AUGUCACUGUGCAACUCAUACAGGUUGAUCGUCGUGUCGUGUGUCGUGUUAUCGCUUAUUGACACACAUGCAGCAUUCACGCUCCGCCGCCCCACUCACGAUACUGACGCCAGGGACCUGGACCAACAGGAGAGUGUCCUGCUGGAAGUCAAACACAAAUUGAACAGACCGAACGAUAUUAGAAAUGAUUCCCAAAGAAAUGCAAACGUCACUGGGCUCAGCGAUGACGUCGACUUGACUUCAUCACGACUACUCACAGACAUGAUGACGGUCACUUCUAGUGAUAGAGUCAUCUCUACAGAGAAACCGAUCCAAGUAAACACGGACAUCACGACAGAUGCAACUUACAUUGAGAAAACUACUAAUGAAAAUAAAGUUACUCAGACCGUUGUUGAAAGUUUUGAACCUACAACAUUGUUUUUGUUAACGCAGAGCCCAGCCUUAGACACAGAAAAAGAAACUACAACUUUCCAAGAUAAUGUGGAGUCUUUAAGUUCUAGUUCAGGGACAUCUUCAGGAACGAAAUCGAGUAACACUCUGCAAGAACCAAGGACUUUAAGUGUAUCUGAGGAUACAAAACCAUCUUGGAAGAAAUAUACAACGAUAGAGAGAACACGUUCCAGUACCACAACUCCUAGCCCAUCGAUACUAGGAGAAGAGACUACGACCUAUACAACAUUAGGGACUGAAGUGAAAACAGAAACGAAACGAUUAAGGAAUUUAUUCCAGAAUGCAUCCGAUAUAGCAUCAUUAGAGAAAUUAAAAAUAGAACUUUUGCUAACAACUCAAAGGCAACAACUUCAAGCAUCAGAAAAUAAAUUUUCUAGACUUUAUUCAUCCGCACCUCCUACAACCGAUCAGUACAUUAAUAAUCCUUCAGGAGUUUCAGAAGAAGUUCCAACGACUGAAUCAAAUGUAUCUAGUGAUAAUAGAUAUACAGUGGAAUCUAGGAGAGGUGGAUAUUUAGAUUAUUCAGCAAAGAGCACAGCUGAUGAUGUGGCUGUAACUACAGAGACUUCUCCUUUAGAAGCCUAUAAAGAAAAAGAAGCGCCGUAUGUUAAGCACGAAGUUGAAAACGAGACCGAUGUUCCUUAUGAGAAGACAGGCUUUAGGAUGGAGUCGCAGAGCCAGUUGAAUGAAGAUGCUUUAAAGGAAGAAUUAUUGAAAGAAGAUGUAUUGAUAGAUAACGAAGAAAACGCGAAACGUAUCCGAGACGACAGGUUACCUAACUCCUCGAAUAUUGAAAUAAAUAGUAACCAAGAUAACUCUCAAAAUAAUUCUCAUAUUGAUGACAAGCUCAUGGUGAAACCCAUAGAUAUGAACACAGAGAAAAACACUAUUUUAUAUCCCGUUAGUUCUAACUAUAAACCUUUGAAGAAAAUAGAAGUAAAACCACCGAAAGUGUUCAUCAGAGACCCAGACGAUAACAGUUGGAGGAACGAAAGUCUCAGUUCCUUAGGAAUUGUUUUUAAAUCAAAAAAUUCUUCGAAGCCUUUCACUCAGGUUUUGAAAAAUAAGACCGAAACAGAAUUAAAUAAAUUAAAUGAAAAAGACGAGAAAAACGAAACACCAGAACUAAGAGAGCGGCUACAGAAGAUGGCGGAGAUUAGGAAGUCGAAAAAAAAGAAAACUGACUCCUUGGGAAAUGUUGUGUACUUCGAUUACGAAGAAAGUGUUUCCGGAGAAAAAGGAAAAACAUCUAAAGAAGAAAUUCCAACUGCUGUUAAUGAAACAAACACAAACCUCGGAUCUUCUGAAAAAUCUUCAGAUAUAACGACAAAUUCAUCCUCAUCAUCAUCAACAACAACAACCACGGAAAAAUCAAUUUUUGAUGAAUUUAUUCCUCCGUCAACAAAAAAACCGAAAAAAUUCUUUAACGUUGAAUAUUACGAUAAUACAGAAGACGACGACACCGACUACCUCAAUAUGGCUAAGAUAGAUAUCAAAAAAUACACAACAACCAAGAUGUCAACCACAAUGUCAAAGAUACGAGACUGGUCACGACCCACAGUUUUCCACAAGCCAACUCCUGUUACAUCACCGGAAAGAAAAGGAACCGUACAGUACUUCCCGCCGCUUACAACACAGAAAGUUAACAUCAACGAUUACGAUACUGACUUUAAAUCUAAGGUGAACUCUUUCACUACAGAAAGCGAACCACCGAAGAACGUGAUACCGAUGUCGACACCCCUUCCGACUAAAACUGUACAUGGAACAACAAUACAGUACAAUGAAUACAAAAACCAAGGUAGAGAAUUCACACCAGUACCUCAACAAAACUUGGACAAAAAUUUAUAUCUCACAAGGCCGCCUUUAACGACCGAACUAUUUACUUUACCUGGCGACGGUAGAGACGGAUACGUCGUAAAACAUUACCGAGAUUUCAUCAAUCAGGCGGCGAAAGACGAAGAAUACGACAAGAACAUAGAUUACGCCUUCGUAACUCAAGCUCCGAUACAAGGUGUCACCAAAACAGAUCUCAACACAUACCAGAAGGAUAAGUCGAGACUCAACACUGGCGACGACUAUGACUACGAAACACAUUUCCGAAAAGACGUUUUACAGAGAUUCGUUGACAACUUCAACCGAAACAGCCACAGGUUCAAGUCUGAUUUCCCGAUCCUGUUCAACAACAGCGUGAUCCACAGUAACGCCAACCAGGGCGGCGAGGUGGCGUCGUCUCGCGCGUUCAUGAGGGGUCUGUAUGAGAACAGGCUGAGGUCCCGCGCCCGGGGCUGCGAGCCUCACUGUGACGUCACCGUGGAGCUGUCCCCCGCCUACGAGCUGCACUACUACGUGCCCGAGCAAGAGGAGAGGCAGGAGGCCGGCUCAUACAGACACAAAUACGUGUGGAAUACAUCGGCUGCGGUUGACCGACGGGUAGCUCUUAGACUACACGCGGAGACAGCUCCUGGCCCGAGCGAGCCUUCUUAUACUGCGUUUAAUAACAAACGGAGGAAAAACAUCGGCUCGGACACACACAGAGACGAACGAGUGGCUGACGAAUUAGAAACGAACAGUGCUCCGAGGUGCGACCGGUAUGGAGUGUCGAGAUGGUCGCGUGUGACCUCACACACCUCACACGUGGCACCGCCGAGACGAAUAGGAACUGAGAGCACCAACGGAACUAGGAACUCGGUGCACUCGCUUAUAAAUGCAAAACGAUCUCAUACGACGAGCGAGGAGACUGAACCUCGACCGGCGUAG